GCGCCGGCGGAUGGUCGCUAUUCCAGGAGGGAUGUUCACAAUGGGCACUGAUGAGCCCAAAAUACCGCAGGAUGGAGAAGGGCCUGCUAGAAGGGUCCACAUUAACACUUUCUACAUGGAUCAGUACGAGGUCAGCAAUGAGGACUUUGAGAUAUUUGUGAAUUCAACGGGGUAUGUUACAGAGGCAGAAAAAUUUGGUGAUUCAUUUGUGUUUGAGGGCAUGCUGAGUGAAGAAGUGAAGUCAGAAAUCCACCAGGCAGUUGCAGCUGCUCCCUGGUGGCUACCUGUGAAAGGAGCCAAUUGGAGACACCCGGAAGGGCCUGACUCUAACAUCUUAAAGAGAAUGGAUCACCCAGUUCUUCAUGUUUCUUGGAAUGAUGCUCUAGCUUUUUGCACUUGGGCAGGAAAACGGUUACCGACUGAGGCUGAAUGGGAAUACAGCUGUCGAGGGGGCCUUGAGAAUAGGCUUUUCCCGUGGGGUAACAAGCUUCAGCCGAAAGGUCAGCAUUAUGUCAACAUCUGGCAGGGAGUGUUCCCAACCAACAACACUGCUGAGGAUGGAUAUAAAGGAACUGCACCUGUCACUGCGUUUCCUCCCAAUGGAUAUGGCUUGUACAACAUUGUAGGAAAUGCCUGGGAAUGGACAUCGGACUGGUGGGUUAUUCAUCAUUCAGCAGAUGAAGCUCGCAAUCCUCGUAUUAUCCGGUGCUUCACAGAAACAAAACACGACGUGCUCUUGACAGAGAGGGCCCUCGUCGGGGACGGACAAAGUGAAGAAGGGUGGAUCCUACAUGUGCCAUAAGUCUUAUUGCUAUAGGUAUCGCUGUGCAGCCCGCAGCCAAAACACUCCCGACAGCUCUGCCUCCAACCUGGGUUUCCGCUGUGCCGCGGACACGUAGCCGGGCCCGCAGCACCCGGACAUCCCGGACGGACGGAGGGUGCACAAGGAGGAGCUGCCCCUGCCCUGAGAGAGAAGGGGAAAAGCCGAAUGCUCCAAGCAACUGCGGGGUGGAACUCUGAAACAAAUCAAUAUUACUUGAAGAAACUUGAUGUAUUUAUUUUUGGGGAAUUGGGCUUGGGUUCUUAUCUCCAUGGAACUUCUUAUCAGUGAAUACUGUUGGUUUCAGCAGGACUGUUCUGGAAUUACACUAGCUCAAAAUAGGAGAAAUAAGCUUCUAGGCAGCUUUAAAAGACACUUAAAGCACAGUUACUGCCUUGGUAGCCUCCUAGGAGGUGUAAUUAUCCACUGUAAGAAGAGGUCUGUCUUCCAGUGUUCACAACUACCAAGACAUGAGCAGUGUAGAAACUUGUAUUACAUUCUGCUGCAGUGAGAAUCUUAUCCAGAAAUCUAUGUUUUUUGGUGAGCAACUUGCUUUUUCAAAGUGCCUUCUGCAACUGAGGGAUGGUAAUGUUGUACCAAGCAUUUAUCAAGCAUUUAUUAAUGCUGGAGACCUUGCUGGACAAGACACCUCCUCCAAAUUUCUCUUUGAAACUGUACAUUUAUUUUGGACUGGAAACAAUCACUAAUAUGACCUCACUAGAAAUUAGGGCUAACUCAUGGCUCUACUUGAAUGGAGGACUGUAAAAAUAGAAAGAUAGGAAAUGUAGCUAAUUGUGUACAUGAAAAAUGUGCUGUAUAUUAAUAGAAUAGUUGCAUUAUUGCACCUAACUCUUGCAGUAUUGCUUUUUC